AGAUAGCGAGACUCAGUCCCACCCCAUUCCCAUUUCUCUCUCUCCUCUUUUACCUUCUCUCUCAUUCCCGCAGCCUUUCCUAUCAUCCCUCUAACCAGAAACCCUAGAAUUCCCCCAGCUCUCCUCCGCCUGCCUCUCUCUUCUCCCUCGAUCCGUUAAUUCUCCGAGCUUCCGCUUUCGUUUUUCGUGUUUUUUUUGUUCUCUGGAAGUGUUUUCGGUGCUUUCGUGUGAUUUUGUUCUGUUUUUGGUCCUCGAUUUGAGAUUUGAGCAGAGUUGAGGGGGGGAAGGUAAGAAAUGUCCUCCCUGAGCAGAGAAUUGGUGUUCCUCAUACUCCAGUUCCUGGAGGAGGAGAAAUUUAAGGAGUCUGUGCACAGGCUUGAACAAGAGUCAGGGUUUUUCUUUAAUAUGAAAUACUUUGAGGAGAAAGUACAAGCUGGUGAAUGGGACGAAGUUGAGAAGUACCUUUCCGGGUUUACUAAGGUUGAUGAUAACAGAUACUCCAUGAAGAUAUUCUUUGAAAUCAGGAAGCAGAAGUAUCUUGAAGCUCUUGAUCGCCAAGACAAGGCAAAGGCCGUGGAGAUAUUAGUGAAUGAUUUGAAGGUGUUCUCGACAUUCAAUGAAGAAUUAUAUAAGGAAAUCACUCAGCUUUUAACACUUACCAAUUUCAGGGAAAAUGAGCAGCUAUCCAAAUAUGGUGACACCAAAACAGCUCGUAGCAUAAUGUUGAUAGAGCUUAAAAAACUUAUAGAGGCAAAUCCCCUAUUCCGCGAAAAGCUUGUUUUCCCUACUUUGAAGUCAUCAAGAUUGCGGACUCUGAUCAAUCAAAGUCUGAACUGGCAGCAUCAACUGUGUAAGAAUCCAAGGCCAAACCCAGACAUAAAGACUUUAUUCACAGACCAUACCUGCACUCCUCCAAAUGGGGCUCUUGCACCUACUCCUGUCACUCUUCCGGCUGCUGCAGUUGCAAAGCCUACUGCUUAUACACCGCUUGGAGCUCAUGGUCCCUUUCCACCUGCUGCAGCAACUGCUAAUGCUAAUGCAUUGGCUGGUUGGAUGGCAAAUGCUGCUGCUUCUUCAUCUGUUCAAGCAGCUGUUGUUACUGCAUCCUCCUUACCUGUUCCACCAAAUCAAGCAGUGUCAAUUUUGAAACGUCCAAUAACACCACCAGCCACUCUGGGCAUGGUUGAUUACCAGAGCACUGAUCAUGAACAAUUGAUGAAACGUUUGCGGCCAGCUCAAUCCGUUGAAGAGGUGACGUACCCGACGCUUCGUCAACAUACCAGUUGGUCCCUAGAUGACUUGCCGAGAACAGUAGCUUGUACCAUGCAUCAAGGAUCUGCUGUCACUAGCAUGGAUUUUCAUCCUUCUCAUCACACAAUGCUUCUUGUUGGUUCUGCUAGUGGUGAAAUAUCACUUUGGGAAGUUGGGAUGCGAGAGAAAUUGGUUACAAAACCAUUCAAAAUAUGGGACAUGGCCACUUGUUCAUUGCAGUUUCAGGCUUCCAUUGGCAAAGACGCACCACCAGCUGUUACCCGUGUUACAUGGAGCUCAGAGGGAAACUAUAUGGGGGCUGCCUUUACGAAGCAUUUGGUCCAUUUGUAUGCCUACAAUGGUCCAAAUGAUAUACACCAGUUCAGAGAGAUUGACGCUCAUACUGGUCAAGUGAAUGACUUGGCUUUUGCUCAUCCAAACAAACAUUUGUGUGUAGUAACUUGUGGAGAUGAUAAGAUGAUAAAGGUUUGGGAUUUAGCUGGGCGAAGGCUAUUUAACUUUGAAGGGCAUGAAGCACCUGUGUACUCUAUAUGUCCGCAUCAGAAAGAGAAUAUUCAGUUUAUAUUCUCCACUGCUAUUGAUGGGAAAAUUAAGGCCUGGCUGUAUGACAAUAUGGGAUCUAGAGUUGACUAUGAUGCUCCUGGGCACUGGUGUACGACUAUGCUUUAUAGUGCUGACGGCAGUAGAUUAUUCUCUUGUGGGACAAGUAAGGAUGGGGACUCUUUUCUGGUUGAAUGGAAUGAAAGUGAAGGAGCAAUAAAGAGGACAUACUCUGGGUUCAGAAAGAAAUCAGGUGGUGUUGUGCAGUUUGACACAACUCAAAACCACUUUUUGGCUGUCGGUGAAGAUAGCCAGAUAAAGUUUUGGGAUAUGGACACUAUCAACGUCCUGACCAGCACGGAUGCAGAGGGUGGGCUUCCGAGUCUUCCUCGCUUGAGAUUCAACAAGGAAGGGAAUCUUCUUGCUGUUACUACAGCAGAUAAUGGAAUAAAGAUACUUGCUACAGCUGCCGGUUUUAGAUCGUUGAGAUCCGUUGAAUCCUCGUCCUUCGAAGCACUAAGAUCACCCAUAGAACCUGCUGCAAUUAAGGUUUCUGGCUCUUCUUCUGUGGCGAAUCUCAGUCCAGUCAAUCCUAAAGUGGAAAGAAGCUCUCCGGUCAGGCCUUCGCCUGUUCAUAAUGGAGUUGAUCCUAUGGCUAGAAGCAUGGAAAAGCCGAGAACUUUGGAUGAUGUUACUGAUAAAGCCAAACCCUGGCAAUUGGCCGAAAUUGUCGAUCCUACUCAGUGCCGGCUGGUUGCUAUGCCAGACAGCACAGAUGGAGCCCACAAGGUUGCUCGACUACUCUAUACGAAUUCUGGUGUUGGUGUCUUAGCACUUGGCUGUAAUGGUAUUCAGAAGCUGUGGAAGUGGGGUCGCAGUGAAAACAAUCCAAGUGGGAAGGCCACUGCCAAUGUUGUUCCACAGCAGUGGCAACCAACCAGUGGUCUUGUUAUGACAAAUGAUGUGACAGGUGUCAACCUCGAGGAAGCUGUGCCCUGCAUAGCACUCUCAAAGAAUGACUCUUAUGUAAUGUCUGCUUGUGGUGGAAAGGUUUCAUUAUUCAACAUGAUGACAUUCAAGGUAAUGACUACGUUUAUGCCACCUCCCCCAGCUUCAACAUUCCUGGCAUUUCAUCCUCAAGACAAUAACAUCAUAGCCAUUGGAAUGGAAGAUUCCACCAUCCACAUAUACAAUGUUAGGGUGGAUGAGGUAAAAUCCAAACUGAAAGGUCACCAAAAGCGCAUAACUGGCUUAGCUUUUUCCACCAAUCUUAACAUAUUGGUUUCAUCAGGAGCUGAUGCUCAGCUCUGUAUUUGGAGCAUAGAUACAUGGGAGAAGAGAAAAUCAGUUCCAAUACAACUGCCAGCUGGCAAGGCUCCUAAUGGCGACACAAGAGUGCAGUUCCACUCUGAUCAAAUUCGUUUGUUGGUAUCCCAUGAAACACAGUUAGCAAUAUAUGAUGCCUCCAAGAUGGAUCGUAUUCGUCAGUGGGUUCCACAAGAUGUCCUUCCUGCGCCUAUUUCCUAUGCAGCAUACUCCUGCAACAGUCAACUAGUUUAUACUUCCUUUUGUGAUGGAAAUAUUGGAGUGUUUGAUGCAGAUAGCUUGAGGCUUAGAUGCCGUAUUGCCCCAUCCGUAUACUUGACCCCAGCAUUGUUAAGUGGAAGCCAAGCUGUGUAUCCCCUUGUCGUUGCAGCACAUCCGCAGGAGCCCAACCAGUUUGCCGUUGGGUUGACAGAUGGGUCUGUUAAAGUUAUGGAACCCCCAGAAUCAGAGGGCAAGUGGGGCGUAUCUCCACCUGUUGAUAAUGGGAUGCUAAAUGGUAGGACAGCGUCGUCUUCCAACACAAGCAACCACACACCUGAUCAGGUUCAAAGAUGAAAUUUGUUGUAUUCUAAAUAAACAUUCUCUCCUCCCGUGUGUAUUUAACCAUUGUAGUUUUAGUUUAAAUCCUCUGCGUCCCUUUACCAUAGUUUUUAUGACAUGGACUUGGAGUUUUAGAAAGACUAACUGUUGUGUAAGCUUUAUUUAGGACCAUUGAAAUUAAUUUGUUCUCUUUCACCA